UAAUAGCUGCUAAUAGCUCUAGUGUUUUAUAGCUCAAAAAAAACAAAAACGCAAAUGUGACUUUGUUUCUGUUAAGGGAAAGGCGUGCAAGGAGACAUGUCCCAGGCAGUGUUCAAGCCUAACAGACCAAAGAAAACUCCAGCUCUUCACAGAGUUUUAUGCUGUCUCUUACGAGAGGCAGCAGGCUAUCAUUCUCUCUGGUUUGGAGCAGCACAAGGUGAGUCGCAGACGACCACGUGGGCCCGACACUGAGAAUACUAAGAGGAAGUACACCUUCAAGUACCAUGUGCAACAAGGAGGCCAAAGACUUGCUGUUUGUAAGCUCACAUUUAUGUCAGUCUUUCAACUGACCAACAGUCGCCUACAGGCAAGUUUUAUACAGCCUAGCUUUUUCCAUUUGUUAACUUUUUAUUACAUGCAUGAUUUUAAUUAGAUACAUUGUCCAUAACAUAUUUAUUUAAAGUUACUUAUCUUUGAAAAGGUUAUUCAAGAAAAGUUAGGCAGUCAGUCUGAGGGAACAGAGCAGGUAGUCAGGUCUCCAUUAGAGGACUUAAGAGGAAAACAUAAGAACAGGUAAAAAAAAAUCUUGAAGGACCUCAUGCUCUCGUCCUGUUAGUUUUUAAAGCUGCACCAAUGUCAGCAUCAGUUGCCCUACAACAUUCCCUGAUCUAAUGGUGCACUGGACGCUGGCAUUAUAGGGCGUCGGGUGCCUUGCCACCCUAUAACGCCAGCAUGCACAAACUGUAAUGGUUAGGAUUCAGCUCACUGUUGUUGCCCAGUCAGGAAACAUAUUUUUGCACUUUGAGAUCAAUAUCAGAGGUAAAGUGCUAUGCAAAUGUAAUGUAUGAUCCCGGGAUUUCGAGAUCGGCCAAAAUGUCCGGGAUUCGGCUUUUGCGUUCUACAGUUGCCAUUCAUUGUGUUUACUGUGGCGAGCAGGACGAGACUGAGGGCCGCAGGAGAACGGCGCGAGGCCGGUGGCGUGAUUACUGAUGAGCGACACCUGUGAGACGCACCGGUCUCGUAUCUCUCACGGAGGAGCGGGAAUUUUCUUAGCAAUGCUAAAACGCACACAUCAAUCGAUCACGUUUAGCGUUCAUGUAAACACUACAUUCAGAUUUACCAAUCAGAAUGAAUUCAGUAAGAUUGAAACAAAAGGUGUGCAUGUAAACAAUGACGAUUUUUGCGUCAUCGGAGGAUUUUUUCCAGACAAAAAAUACAUAAAUCUCUCAUCUCAGGGGGAUAUGAGGGAGAAAAGCAUGGUAAUUCGAAAAUACUACUGGUUUUCUACUAAUACAAAGCUUAAUGCUAAAUCCUGAAGUAUCCCUUUAAUGAUUGUUUGUGAAAAACAAAAUCCUAUAGUUUAGAGAAAAGUUUACAAUUAUAUUAAAUUUUACUGUCACAGAAACAAUGCAAUUGUGCAAAACAGACCAGCAUAGUUUAUUAUAUUUCCCUUGUUCAUGAGUUGUGUUGUUUAUAUUUUAGGCCUCAUAGCAUUCAUCCUGCAGUGAGAGAGGGGAUAAGAGAGCACAUCCUGAGCUUCCCACGCCAACCGAACCACUACUCACGGAUGAAGGGAGAUGUGGAGAAGUAGUACCUGAGCCCUGAUUUAAACCUGCUCCGCAUGUUCCACCUGUACAAGGAAAACAAUCCAGCAUCCACUGCCAAGUUCUGGCUCUAUAGGGACAUCUUCAAGCAGCAAAACCUCAGAUUUGGGCAGCCAAGAAGUGAUACUUGUGCAAAAUGUGACGCCCUGUUCUCAAAAUUAGUAGCUGCUACAACAGAUGGAGAAAGGUUGAAGAUCACAGCCGAGAGUGAGCUUCACCACCGGAAAGCCGAAAAAGCGUACACCCAGUUGCAGGCUGACACAGAGUGGGCCAAAGCCAAUGAUGACUGCCAUGUCAUUUGUAUCGACAUGCAGGGGGUAGUGUUCACGCCAAACCUGACACACUCCAACGUGUACUAUCAACGGCAGCUGGCCAACUACAACCUCUGUAUCCAGGAGAUGGGCACUGACAAACCUCCUACAAUGUGCCUCUGGCAUGAGGGCAUCGCUCACAGAGGUUCCAUCGAGGUGGCAAGCUGUCUUUUGAAGUGGGCAGAAACAUCUUUCGCUCCCCUAGUCCAGGCAAAGGAACGGAAGCUCAUCAUCUAUAGUGACCGAUGCUGUGGGCAGAACAACAACUGGCGAGUCCUAAACCUCAUGGCCCUACUCGUAUCUAGAGGGUACUUCAGUCAGAUAGAGCAGAAGUUCAUGGUGUCUGGUCACUCCUUCCUUCCCUGUAACCGUUCAUUUGCCACGCUGGACAAGAGGCAUAAGGUGUCCACACUCCACACCCCCAGCGAUGUCGCCGAGAUGAUCCGUGGAACCAGGCAGCUGCAUCCAUUUAAAGUAAUUGAGAUGAAAUGUACGGACUUCAGGCAGCUCCCUGAUGCAACAUUAAAACAUCCACCUGGCUUCUUAAUCACAUCCAUGAUGUGGUUGAAAGUGACAGCUACUGAUCCAUGGUGUGUCCACACAAAAGGGAGCCACAGCCUCUACGAGGGAUGGAAGCAUUGGCUGAUCACCAAACAGAGGAAGAAUCAACCACCUCCAGCUCCCUUGUUCUCCACCACGUAUGCUCGUGCUUACGAGGACCCUCUGCCCAUCAAGAAGGAGAAGCACCGUGACCUUAUGAAAAUGCUAGCCUACAUGCCAGCGGAGGCCCAAGCAUUUUAUGUGAAUGUGAAGAGUAGCCUGGUAUGUGUAGGUCAUGUGCAGGGAAAGGUGGGAUAUAUUGUGUAUAUUGUGUGA